GCUGACUGUCCGGAGGCGGACAGAGACACGAGAUGGGAAGGGACAUCUGCUACCGCUGUGUAUCCACUGAACACGAGAUCAAAAGCUGCCACGCUAAAAUAGACCCAGCACUGGAUGUGUGCCUCAAUAAGCUGUUGCACUAUCGUAUGAGAAGGAAAAAGAGAAGGGGGGGCAUAGGAAGGGAGCGAUAUAAGAGGGAGAGAGUGAAUGCCCAUAUGCCAAGAGUUUCAUCUGUGGUAAGACUGGUUACAUGUCCAGGUCCUGCCCAGACAACCCCAAAGGACUACACCGCAGAAGGAUGUUGUCUUGUGUGUGGUUCAGUAGAACACAUCCAGAAGGAUUGUCCUGAGCACCAGGCUGCAUCUAAGCAAGUGACCUUGGGCUGGCUGUUCAAUAACAUGAGUACUGACCAUGAGGAAGUGCACGUGCCUGUGAAGAAACUCCCUCCCAAACAGGCCACGGUAGUGAUCUUCUGACAUGCCAAUCAACCCAACGGACUCACCAGAUUGGACAAGACUGACUAGCACAGAGCAGACUGCACAUCCCAGGACUAAAUCCAUGAAGGUCACUGUUCUUGCUCAGAGCAUAAAAAAAACAUCCACAGAUCCAUAGUCAGUGGAAAUGGAUAGCUUCUCUUGAAAGAGGUCUGUGUUCUCACACCGUGGACACUGUUUUUGGAAUGUAUAUGAUUCAUAUGGAGGGACUAUAUUAGACUGGAGACUGUGGUGUGCUGUACACCAGCUAACAGGGGUGUGUUCAGUUCAAUUAAACAUUUGCCAUGUUCAGUAAUGGCUUGUACUGAACGACACAUUUCCCCAAAACGUUCUUGAGCAGCCCAAGUAGUGCCUUGGUCUGAUGUCACAGGAGAAGGAGAGGUGUGUUGGAUCUAUGUGAAUGACAUGAUAAGUUCAACUGACAUUAUCAAUUUAUUUUGUAUAUGAUGAAUUUCCUUUUAAUAAAGGAGGAGUUAAACAGUCCCUCUAUCCUCUCCUGUAUCUAAAGAUG